AUGGAGAACCGUAUUAUCCCUCAGCAGCAGGACCUCGCUCCUAUAGCCGGUCUCGACGCCCUGUCAGCCCAUCUUCAAGCCCUUUUGAGCGAUCAAUCUCUCGCGCCUGACUCAAAGCUCUGUAACGAUGUGGAAUUCCAACUCACCGACGCCAACACGCCCCCUCUGUUACCCAGACUACUGCCCAUUCUCCAGUCUCUCCUCGAAGUCGAGCGGCCCUCAGACCCCACGCCCCUCCUCACGCUCACCACCAAGCUGCUCGCCCCCUUGCCUUUUCGCCAGGUGGUUCCCGCCAUGAUGAGUGUCGAAGAUGUCCUCCGGUGCAUGGCGUCACCACUCGAGAGCGCAAAGAUGUUCGGUCUCGAGGUCAUUCACAAGGCAGCCUCUUCACCCGAGGACGCGGACACCUUGGCGUCCUUGGACAACGGGACGCUUGUAAGCCAUUUACUACACGUCUGGAUGCAGCCAAGCGAGUUGCCGGACGUCCCUGGAAAAGCGAGUCGCGUGCUACUGGACCUUCUCACUACAGACUGCAGUGUGUCCGUUACUUCUCCCAUGGUGAACGGCACCAACGGACACCCACCGGUUGGUAGCGGGCGACUGUGGCAUUUGUUCCUCACCCACGAGUCUUCAGCGUCGAUCGUGGUCGAGUACUGCACACCCUCUGAGGAUCGGGACGGGCGACAGACAUCGCUCUUGCAAGGCCGGCUGUUGCGGCUGUUGCCGCACCUCGCGUCGCUCAACCUUCCCAUGCUGACGUCCCACCCGCACCCAAGGUUACCAGAGCCGUUGCUACCGUGGGCAGCGUAUCACAUGGUGGAUAAGCAGGAUGUUCUGAUGGUUAUGAUGCUAGCGGACUUCUGGCAGCAUCUGGUCCUUGAGAUGCGCACGCACCGCAGUGAGGCGAAUGAUGCGAUCAUGAAGGAGCUGAUCCAGCGGGCCUGCGCAGAGGAAGAUGGCAAUGUGGGCGCCUAUGUCAGUGAUGGACUCAGAGGGUGGGAGGCGUGGAGCGAAAGGCCUGUCGAGGAAGACGACAUCAGGGACUUGGGGCGAUACGUACAAUACCUCCUAAGCUAG